AUGGACCAAAGCGAUGUGAGGCCAGUUGCGGAGCCUGAGAUGGAGGUUGAUGGAGGACAAACGGAAGGAGAACCCGAGCCGGAUGAGGAGAUGAUGCAGUCCGACGAAGAUGAAGAGGCAGCGAAUGAGCGACAUCCCCGUCCUUUUGCCAGGAAGACAGAAGACGCCUAUGAUCCGGACGGAACGACUUUGUUUCGCAGGUUAGCGCAUUUGCUGAACUAUAGUCGCAAGGGUUUCGAUCCCAGCACUUACCUCAACACGAACAGCAAUCAGCGGGUGGAGCUCAAGCAGAUGCAUUACGUGUGUGUGUGUGUGGGCGUUCUCAGCGACAUCAUUCCCAAGCUCACGGGGUACCAGCUCUUUUCGCUCAUUCGUCCCGCUCCUUCUGGUCCGGUCGGAUUCCUGUUCAUUGACCCUGUUGGGGUGAUGGCCAAUGUGAGUCUUGGAGACGUCAGCGUCACAACCAUCGGCAUGCUCAUCGACAGUGACACCCCUGUGCCAAGGAAAUACCUGGACAAGUUCAUCAAGAACCGUGCGGAAGCCGAAAACAAACCUCCUUUGGAGCACAUUGCACCGCAUGAGUAUCUGGACGAGAAUCUGGGGCACAGGCAUUUUCUGCGAACCGUCAACGGUACAUCGCCAACACUGCUGCUGACAAGGGCACGGGCAAGAACCGACGUCCCGCUGAAAGGGAGCAGGCCCGUCGGCAAGUACAUCGUCAUCUGUGUGACGCUCGUUCAUGUGCCGCAGCAUCCGUACUGA